AUGACAGCUGCCAUUUUCAAUGCAAAGUAUAAGUUUUUCGAGAGAAUAAAGAUACAGCAAUGGAGAGUUUCACAUAUCAUAUUUCUACCAAGUAUGCCUACUUGUGAGCUAGCAAUGAUGGUUGUGAAAGGCUCUGAUCCCACGUUUACAAAAUGCUUUGAAUACAUUCUUCAUUAAACUUACCUCUGCUUCUUUCCAAUAAGCAUUGGACACCGCCAUUUUAUUUUAAUAAAUAUUCUUACCUCACUUCAUGAAGAAAACACAGGCUGGCUUUCACUUGCUAUGAAUCCUCACAAAACCCCCCUAGGUUGUAGAUGACCCAGAGAAUGGAGAUUUGAAACUGUAUCUCCCUAGUGCUAGUCUGCCAUGAUAAAUGACAUGUGGGCAAUGAAAUAGGAGGGCCGAGGACUAGAACGCAGGUGAUGUAAGUGUCCAUAUGAAACAGAUCAAACACACGUCAGGGAACAUUAGCACGCCAACCACAUGGCAAUGGCAGAGGCAAAGAGUGCUUACUCUUACAGCCACUAUUGUGCUGAGUUUUUAUGCGUAGUGAAUGGGUAUCUGUCAUCUGGCCAAGUUAGCGUUUCUCUGACAUCAGCCUGCUGUAACAAUUUAGGGUGGCACUUUGGGGACAAUAUCACUCAGAGUCAGACAGUGUUUCAUAUCACAGCAGAGCAAGUCAAAUGAUAUCUAGUGCACUCUCUGCUCCACCUUCCAUUCAGACGUGUGGGAUGUUGGCAUCCAAAACGCAUAUGUAAAGGGUUAAUUUCAAGAGCUGUAGAACUCUGUGAUGUCAUACAGUUUGUGGCAGUUUUGACAGUUAUGGCACUGUAUUUAAUCUGCAACUGCAGGUACACUAAGUAAAGGUUAUUGGCUCUUUAAACUUUAAAAGAGAGAGUUUUGCAUAGUUUUUAUAGGAGAAAAAGGAGAAUUAAUUAAAGGAUCAAACGACCCAGGGCUGACUUCUGAACGCUCUGGAAAUGGGAACUAGAGUCUAAUUCCCACAAGAAGUGCAUCUGGCAACUUUACUAUGUAGCUUUCAGCAACUCCAGACUCUCCAAGUGUCCCUAUUUUCCAGGGACAUCCCUGAUUAAGUGAAGCCUUUCUGGUUUAUGAUCCCAGUUUUCCUUCAGAUGUCCCUACUUUCUUUGGAGAAAUGUUGUGGGGGGCGGGAUAUGGAGUUAUCUGACCCCAAGUCAUCGGAAGUCAGCCCUGUUUAGGGAAGUUUAUAAAUGUUUAAUGUAAUAUUAUGUUUUUUAUAUGUUGGAAGUCGCCCAGAGUGGCAACCCAAUGAGUUGAGUGGGGAAUACAUGGUAAAAUUCUUCUUCUUCUUAUUGAAUAGGACGUCCCUAUUUUCAUCAGAGAAAUGUGGAAGGAAAUCAGUCACUGAGUGCGUGAAUGAAUGUUAAUAGAAGAACAAAUGGCAAUUGAGCAAGAAUAAGUAGAAAAUAAUUUGAACACCAACACGUGUAAACACAUGUGCACUAGUCAAAGUUUAUAUGGGAGACUGGAAAUCACAUAAUUUUCUCUUAUUCUUCUUUUAUAAACCCACUUCGUUUAUGAAUAACUGAGUAACUAAGACCAACAUUAUGUUUUGUUGCAAAGACCUUUCUUAACAGGGGGAAAGCAAUCAAUUAAUAAUGAUACAUGACAUGAAAUAAUAGUUUUGCCUAGUGAAAUUUAUAGGUUCAUUUUGUUGUAUUUUAGCAGCCAGUCCUUAUGCAAAUUCAGGGCAUUCUCCAUUACCUCUUGGGGGAGCAAAUUCCACAGUUUGACUAUUCAGUGUGUGCAUAAGUAGGUUCUUUUGCUUGUCUUGAUUUUUUCCACAUUUAGCUUCAUGGGAUUUUCCCAUGUUCAAGAAUUAUGAGAGAGGAGAAAAAAAUUUCACCACACCAUACAUAAUCUGGUGCACCUAUAUCAUGUCAGCCCUUGCUCACCUUUCUCUGAAAUAAAAAGUCCCAAAUGUUGUAACCUUUUUUCAUAGACGAGUUGAUCUGAUCACUUUUUUCCUGCUUUUUCUGAACCAUUUCAAGAUGUACAAUAAAUCCUUUUAGAUACGGUGAGCAGAACUGUACACAAUAUUCCAUAAUUGGUAUAAUAGCAUUAUGAUUUGUGUAGUUUUGUUUUUAGUUCCUUAAGGCUUUAGUGAGGAUUCCUAGCAUGGAAUUUGCCAUUUCCACAGUUUCUAUACACCAGGUCAGCAUUUUCAAUGAGCUAUUCAUUACUGUCCCAGUAUCUCAUUUGUGGUCAAUCAUCAGCAGUUGAAAUGCCAUAGAUUUGUAAGUGAAAUUAAGGCUUUUUUGCCCAAAGGUACAUCACUUCACACAUUGGAUUGCAUUUUUCAUUUUACUGCCCAUAUAUCCCAUUUCAAAAGAUCCGUUUGGACCUCUUCACAAUCCAUUUCUGUUUUAAACACCCUGAAAAAUUUGGUUGCAUCAGUAAACUUGCCACCCCCCCUUCUCCUUCUCUUACUCAAUUUUCUCUUUGCAGAAUUGGAUCACUAAAUCUUAAGGAUUCCUAAUGUCCAAGUGAGAGUUUAGACGUGGCUUGUAUGCGCAGAUGUUUCUCAUACAGUCUAUCAAAUCUUUCAAAUUAAUGCAGUUAAUUAAUUAAUACGGUUUAGUAAUACAAUUCUAAAACUACUCAUUCAAAACAAAGUAUAUUUCAGUCACAUAUAAAAAUGUAAAGAAUUAAUAAAAUCCUAUUAAGGACUAUUUACUUACAGUGGGUUGUUAAUCAAGGCUUCAGAGGGGUGUUUAUUGAAUAAAACAUUGGGGAUGACGUAGCGGAUAUGAGAUGCUAUCCCACCAAUGACAGGGUCACCUGGCUCAUACCACUCAUGUGGAAUAGGUACAGGGUUGGCUGUGGUAAAAUGAGCACUAUGCACUUGGCACACCAUGUUGGGGAAGAGCAAGAGAAGCAGCAGCAGCAAGGUUCUACACAUGGACUCUUCUUUGCCUCUCUACAAUAUCAUUAUUAUCAGCAGCAGCCUGAUUUGACCAGCAUCGAUUUGGAGGCAGCAGACUCUGCCAGUUCAGUGAUUAAAGGGACAUGCAUGCAUCUUAUCAUUAAACCCUGUCACAAAGACCAGCCUUGAAUGGUAAAUAAGAUGAAGUGAUUUGAAGUAUUGCCUAUACAAUCACAGAGCCUGGCUUCUCUCUUCUGCAUUAUUCUAACUGUCUAUGAAAACUUUCAGGCUUGCUUGCUGAUUCUUCCCCACCCGACAUUUUGCCUUCUGGAGCAUUGGCAAGGUGACUUAAUUAUUGUAAUUUUAAUAAUUACAGGGGAGACAAUCACUUCUUGCCAUUUUUAAGGACUCCAUGGUGCAUCAUCCUUCGCAGAUCUGUCAAGUAAACAUUUGUUGCCUCAGGCAAUUGUCAAUUAGGAAGGGUAAGUUUUAACUAGUUUGCCAGAUAAAUCAUUCAGAUCAGAUGCCAGCCUUGCAAAUUGGCGCAGGGUUAGCAGCAUAGUGUGAGGAGCCAAUUUCACAGCUCCUCCUAAAAUAUGCACCUGGGCCCAUCAUUCUUUAACUGAACGCAUGACCCCCUGUGAAUCCUCACGAACCCAAAAUUAUAUAUGGUAAAAUGAACUUCAAGGAAAAAGCAGUGACUCUACAAUCCAAAACAGAAAAGCAAAACUGAUGAAAAAGGGCUGAUAUCCAAUUGCAUCCAUUUAUAAAUGGGACAAACUUCCAUGAGUGGAGAAGAGAAAAAGAGCUAUUACACAGUGGUACCACAUAUGGUUCAUGUGCAGAGGGUCUGACAUUCAAUACCUAGCAUUUCCAGGUAUUGCUGGAAGAGACACCAGUCUGAAACCUUAUAAAGCUGCUGUCCAUCAUUGUAGACAAUAUGGAACUAAAUGCAGUAAUGGAUUGGUUCAGUAUAAUCUAGCUUCUAAUGUUCCUAUAUUCCCUUCCUUCUCCUCCCUCUGCAGCUUCCCAUAGGAGGAUACCCAUGGUGUGCAGGAGACAAAGGAGAAACGAGGGGUGAGGGGAGAGAGACUUUCUGCUGGCUAUCAGGCAAUGGUUUUUCCCACCUGCCUUGCCCCACCCUUCAGCCCUAGGAGCCUUUCACAGAUCAUGACUUUAAAAACAGCAGAUGCAGGCUUUGAGUCAUGUGAUAUUGCAUAGCAUCCAUAGUUUCAUUCCUUCACACAGCCCCUAUUCUAUUAUGAGGGGUCAUGCUUGACCUACAUUUUGUGUUUGUAACUGGAUAAGAAGUUGGCCUAACCUGCAGUGUACCCUGGGUAAUCACCCCCUUUGCCUGUUUCUUUUCCAAUCCCCUCUAGGAAGUUGCUGUGUGACAAGGGCCAUAAUAAUUAAAUGA